GACUAUAUAAACAACCACUAUGGCAAAUUUCAUCUCCAGCCCACAACCACACCCUAACAAAAUGUCUCAACCGCCGGCGACUAACCACCCCACCGGCGUCCACACAAUCUCCUCCGCCACCACCACCGCCGCACCGGAGGAAAGUUCACGACCACACCCCCCUAAAAUAGUCGUUCUAGCUGACCUCAACGUUGACCCACCUACCGAUUCUGACGUCAUCGAUUCUUUUCCCAGGUUGAGUAAUGAAGAAAAUAAUCAAGAUAAAAUGAGUUUUCUGGGAAAAGAUUCGGAUACGGUUGAACUAGAAAGUAAGCAGUCUAAAAAACUUGUGAAAUCCCGUUCACGAGUCGGAAAGAUGGAGUUUCCCAUUGAUUGUGGAGCCGAUGCGGAAGGUGAUCAUAACGGUCCAGGAUUGCCGUCAUCUCGUGAGGAAAAAGUCAGCAGCCUUAAAACAGGUUUGGUACACGUUGCACGAAAGAUGCCUAAAAACGCACAUGUUCAUUUUAUACUUGGCCUAAUGUACCAACGAAUGGGACAACCACAAAAGGCGGUUUCUGCAUAUGAAAAGGCAGAAGAAAUCUUGCUUCGUGGUGAUGAAGAUAUCGAUAGGCCCGAUUUACUUUCGUUAAUCCAGACUCAUCAUGCCCAGUGUAUUUUGCUGGGAAGUUCGGAAGAAUAUGGUUCAGGAAAAGAACCAGAGGGUAAGGAGCUUGAAGAAAUAAUCCGCAAGUUAAACGAGUCAAUGGCAUCCGAUAUUAGGCAGGCAUCGGUUUGGAACACUUUAGGUGUAUUGCUACUUAAAUCAGGCCAUUUGCAGAGUGCGAUAUCAGUGCUUUCAUCUUUACUGGCGGUGGUCCCUGAAAAUUUGGAUUGCAUUGGAAACCUCGGAAUGGCUCAUCUUCAAAACGGAAACUUGGAACUUUCAGCAAAAUGUUUCCAAGACCUGAUCUUAAAAGACCAAAAUCACCCUUCGGUUUUUAUUAACUAUGCCGCGCUUCUUUUGUGUAAAUAUGGGUCUGUAGUCGCAGGUGCAGGGGCAAACGGUGAAAACGGGGCUUGUUUGGAUAGAGUUACAGCAGUUAACGUAGCUAAAGAAUGUUUAUUAGCUGCCGCAAAAGCAGAUCCGAAAGCCGCUCACGUGUGGACUAAUCUCGCUAACGCAUAUUACAUGGCUGGUGAUCAUUACCACUCCGGCAAGUGUUUGGAAAAGGCUGCAAAGUUGGAGUCCAAUUGUUUGGCGACUCGAUACGCUGUUGCUGUUCAUCGAAUCAGAGAAGCUGAACGGUCACAAAAUCCUAGUGAACAGCUUUCUUGGGCCGGAAAUGAAAUGGCUUCGAUAUUAAAAGAAGGGGACGCACUUGCGGUUGAGCUCCCCAUAGCUUGGGCCGGGCUUGCUAUGGUCCACAAGGCCCAACAUGAAAUCGCAGCGGGAUUUAAGGUUGAACAAAAUGAAUUAAUGGAAGUUGAAGAAAGAGCACUUUACAGUUUAAAGCAGGCGAUAUCAGAGGACCCCGAUGAUCCAGUACAGUGGCACCAACUUGGGCUUCAUAGUCUUUGUAUUCAAGACUUCAAAACAUCGCAAACGUACCUCAAAGCCGCAGUUGCUCGCGACAAGGAAUGUUCAUAUGCUUGGUCAAACCUAGGUAUCUCCCUGCAACUAUCGGACGCGUCAUCUUUACAAGCUGAAGAAGUAUAUAAACGGGCCUUAUCAUUGGCAAAGCCCGAACAGGCCCAUACGAUCUUUUGUAAUCUGGGAAACUUUUACAGACAGCAAAAGCAGUAUGAGUGUGCGAAAGCCAUGUUUACUAAAUCGUUGGAUCUGCAGCCCGGUUAUGCUCCCGCAUAUAACAAUCUAGGGCUUGUAUUUGUCGCUGAAAGGCGAUGGGAAGAAGCGAAGUUCUGUUUUAAUAAAGCUUUUCAGGCUGACCCGUUGCUUGAUGCAGCUAAAUCUAAUAUGAUUAAAGCGGCAGCUAUGUGUAGAGUGUGUGCACCGCUUCUUAAUUAACUUUUGUAUGUGAAUGUUAUUUGACAUAAUUGUUGUUCUGGGAUAUUAGUGUUUGUAAUUUGUACAUAAUGCAUAUAUCUGUUUCUUCAA